AUGGAUGCCCAAUGCAAAUUGCUGCCAAAACUAAAGCUCAGUUUCAACGUAAUGGGCUGCUUGUCUGGGAAACAGAAACAUGCCGAUUCUGCUACAACCUUGCGGGCAGCUUUGCUGAUCCAGCGCUGGUAUCGGCGCUAUAGAGCGCGCAUGGAAGUUCGUCGUCGCUAUACAUGGAAUAUAUUUACAAGUUUGGAAUACGCUGGAGAAAAUGAUCAAGUUGAGCUAUACAACUUCUUCAAUGCGUUACUUACACACAUUCCCGAAGCUGCUGCUUCCCAUCGUCCAUCAAUACAAAAGGACUCAGAGAUAUCAUUAGCUUCAGAUGUUUAUUUCGAUGAGUCAGAUUUCAAUGAGGAUGGCGAAUAUCGGUCGGAUAAAAAUUAUGAUGGACCACAUAUAAAAUUUCCACUAAUUAAAAAGGAUAUUGUGACGCUAAUUGAUUUGUUUCGCAAGAAAAAGCGCAAUGCUGAGAAGCUGAUGAUAAUGAUUGAAGAAGUCUACCGCUGGUUACCGCUGGGAACCAUUGUCAACAAUCGGGUGUUGAUUGUGCAUGGCGGCAUCUCCGAUACAACUGAUUUGGAUAUGAUAAAAAGUAUCGACAGAGGAAAGCGCAAUGCUGAGAAAUUGAUGAUAAUGAUUGAAGAAGUCUACCGCUGGUUACCGCUGGGAACCAUUGUCAACAAUCGGGUGUUGAUUGUGCAUGGCGGCAUCUCCGAUACAACCGAUUUGGAUAUGAUAAAAAGUAUCGACAGAGGAAAG